GGAGCCGGUCAGAUGCUGCUCAGUGCAGAUCCUGGGAGGAGGGGAGAGGAACAUCUGACAAACACAACUCCACAAAACUUUGGGAGAGAGAAGAACCAGGAGAGAAGAAGAGCCGCAGCAGGACUACAACCACCAUCAUGUCUGAGAAGAUGGGCUCCCUGUUCCGGAGUGAGGAGAUGUGUCUGACCCAGCUGAUCCUGCAGGUGGAGGCCGGGUACUGCUGCAUAGCGGAGCUGGGGGAGCUGGGCCUGGUGCAGUUUAGGGAUCUGAAUCUCAGUGUGAACAAUUUCCAGAGGAAGUUUGUGAAUGAGGUUCGGAGGUGCGAGGCGAUGGAGCGGAUCCUGCGAUUUCUGGAGUGUGAGAUGCAGAACGAUAAAAUAAUCGUAAGAAACCCCGAAAAAUCUCCAGAGACCCCACUACCAAGAGAGAUGAUCAAUCUAGAGACGGGGCUGGAGAAGCUGGAGGGGGAGCUGCAGGAGGUGAACCGGAACCAACAGACCCUGAAGCAGAACUUUCUGGAGCUGACGGAGCUGAAGCAUCUGCUGAAGAAGACCCAGGAUUUCUUUGAGGCCGAAGCCAACCUCCCGGACGACUUCUUCAAUGAGGACACCAGCAGCCUCCUGGAGCUCCGGACCGUCCCCUCCGCCGCUGCCGCCGGCAAACUGGGGUUUACGGCCGGGGUGAUCGGGAGAGAGAGAAUGGCGUCAUUCGAGCGGCUGCUGUGGAGGGUCUGCAGGGGGAACAUCUACCUGAAGUACAGCGAGCUGGACACCACGCUGGAGGAUCCCGUUACGAAAGAAGAAGUGAAGAAGAACGUCUUCAUUAUAUUCUACCAGGGCGAGCAGCUGAAGCAGAAGAUCAAGAAGAUCUGUGAGGGAUUUAAAGCGACAGUGUACCCAUGUCCUGAGUCCGCGGCCGAGCGCCGGGACAUGGCGGCCGACGUGAACACCAGGAUUGAGGAUCUGAACGCGGUCAUAACGCAGACAGAGUCGCACCGGCAGCGCGUCCUGCUGGAGGCCGCGCAAAAUCUGUCCAACUGGAUGAUCAAGGUGAAGAAGAUGAAGGCCGUGUAUCACGUCCUGAACCUAUGCAACAUCGACGUCACCCAGCAGUGCGUCAUCGCCGAGAUCUGGUGCCCAGUGGACGACAAGGAGCGAAUCAAGCGGGCGCUGCAACGGGGAAUGGACCGUAGCGGUUCCACCAUUGCGCCGAUCCUGACCAACAUACCAACCAAAAUGGCUCCGCCCACUUUCAACCGGACCAAUAAGUUCACCUCCGGUUUCCAGAACAUUAUAGACGCCUAUGGGGUCGGGAGUUACAGAGAAAUGAACCCAACCCCAUACACCAUCAUUACCUUCCCCUUCCUCUUCGCGGUGAUGUUCGGUGAUUGCGGACAUGGCGCCGUCAUGUUGGGGUUCGCCGCCUGGAUGCUCCUGAAUGAAAAAGCUCUUCUGGCUUCCAAGACAGACAACGAGAUCUGGAACACGUUCUUCGGGGGCCGGUACCUGAUCUUCCUUAUGUCCAUAUUUUCUAUCUACACCGGAUUCAUCUACAACGAUUGCUUCUCCAAGUCAUUCAACAUAUUUGGGUCGGCCUGGAGGGUCCGCCCCAUGUUCACCAAUGGCAGCUGGAAUGAUGCGUUAAUUCAUCAGAGAAUCGAUCUACAGCUCGACCCCAAGGUCCCCGGCGUCUUCUCUGGGAAUCCCUAUCCAUUCGGGAUCGACCCAAUAUGGAAUAUCGCGAAGAACAAGUUAACCUUCCUGAACUCCUACAAGAUGAAGAUGUCGGUGGUGAUGGGGAUCGCGCAGAUGAUUUUUGGGGUCAUGCUCGGUCUUCUCAAUCACAUAAAUUUCCGCCGACACAUGAACAUCGUCCUGCAGUUCAUCCCGGAGAUGAUCUUCAUCAUUUGUCUCUUCGGUUAUUUGGUUUUCAUGAUCAUCUUUAAGUGGUGCCAAUAUAAUGUGAACAACUCCCAGGAGGCUCCGAGUAUCCUCAUCCACUUCAUCAACAUGUUCCUCUUCAACUACAAUGACCCCACCAAUGCUCCUCUCUACGAACACCAGAAAGAAGUGCAGAGCUUCCUGGUCAUCUUCGCGCUCAUCGCCGUCCCCUGGAUGCUUCUCUUCAAACCCUUCAUCCUGCGAGCCAAUCACCAGAAGCAGCAGCGGAUGCUUCACUCAUCAUCCGCCCCCGAGGAACAAAUCGAGAUCACAGAUAUGGAGAAUGCGCAGUCCAAUCACUCCAAGAAGGAGGAGAAAAAGGAGGAACACGGGCACGGAGGACACGACGACCACGGAGAUGAACACGGUGGGGAGUUUGAUUUUGGGGACAUCUUUGUCCAUCAGGCCAUACACACCAUUGAGUACUGCCUGGGCUGCAUCUCCAACACCGCCUCCUACCUGCGCCUCUGGGCCCUGAGUCUGGCGCAUGCACAGCUCUCUGAGGUUUUGUGGACCAUGGUGAUGCACAUCGGUCUGGCCAGUGCCGGUUACGGUGGCCUCAUUGGUGUAUUUAUCAUCUUUGCCAUCUUUGCCGUCCUCACCAUCGCCAUAUUGUUGAUCAUGGAGGGCCUGUCCGCCUUCCUCCACGCUCUGCGUCUCCACUGGGUGGAGUUCCAGAACAAGUUCUACUCCGGCAGCGGAUACAUGUUCACCCCAUUCUCCUUCCAGCGCCUCCUGGACGGCUCCUUGGAGGAAUAGAAUGAAAUCCGGAUCCUCCAGGAAUCUCCCCACAGAAAAUAAAUUCACUUUAUA